GCUCCGCCCCACCAGGAACUGAACUGCCAGUCACAACAUUGCUUUCGCUUCUGAUAUCUUUGUCACAUAAAGACGACGACAUGCGAAUUUUGUAGAUUCGUCACUAAUUGAUUCAUUAAUUGAGUCAUGCAAUGACCUAACACGUAUGAUGUCAUUUUCCACAACUUAAUCGCGGUCAAGAACCAAGAGAGCGAGUGCGGUCUGUUUAAUUUGCUAGUUAAACAUUGCGACAGGUAGCUAACCCCCCUCUCCAAUUCUCCAUUGACUUCCUGAACGAAGAAAUCCGCUGAGAAGAUGGACGAUCGAGAGAGGACUCCGCUCGAGGUGUUCCUCACGUGCCCGGUGUGCCAGGACCUCUUUACCGAGCCGCGCCAACUGCAGUGCGGCCACAGCAUCUGCAUGUCGUGUCUGGAGAGCAUGGUGGGCCACUCCACGGAGCUGCCCUUCCGCUGCCCGGACUGCAGGGCCUAUUUCGGGAAGAUCGUGGAGGUCCAGAAGAGUUACGCGUUGGCUAGCAUCGUUGACGACUUCAAGGAGACCUUGAAGCAGAUGGAGAAAAAGGCCGCAAAGGUGUACUGCGAUUGUUGCCCCGACGACGACGACGAUGACGACAAGCCUCUGGCGGUGAAGACAUGUCUGAAGUGCGAGGUGUCUCUGUGCAGCGAGCAUGUCCAGACGCACCUGGAGCGCCGGGCCUUCGCGGCCCACCUCCUGGUGCCCCCGCUGGCCGACCUGCCCGACAGGAAGUGCCCGCAACACGAGGACCAGGUGCUGCGCUACUAUUGCCCCACAUCACGGCGCUACGUGUGCAGCGCCUGCACGCUGGAGGGCAAGCGGAGCGCGCUAGUGACGGACGCGGCCAGCGCCCUCGGCAGGAGGAUGACGGAGUAUAUGGAUCAACGUUUUCAAAUGAUCGAGGGUCAAAUCAACAAGCUACAGGACGACAUUGACAAUGACAAAGUGAAACGCAAGCCGGGAGAUUCUUCCCUCAACAGCGUGACCGUGAUCCUGCUCUGCCUCUGGAUCAUCGUAGUGUACUACUGUAAGAGGACCUCGCAGGCAAACAUUGAAAUACUAGAAUCCUUUAACGCUCCAUUUAAAAAGCAACAAGGAAUAUUCCAUCCGUCUGCGUAUAGUUUCUCAGUGGACAACCAGACGCUCACAGACACCGUGAAGAGCCAGCAGGCACGUCUGCAUGAUAUCUACUCCACCGUCGCAGAACUCUUCGUGGAAAAUCCUCUGCAUCUUCGCAGAGACCCUGAGAAUGAAGCUCAAGGUAAGACAAGUCAAGAAGUUCCUCUCACGCUGGACCUGGGCACCGCCAAUCCUCACAUCUGGGUGUCCGGGGACCUGCGGUCUGCGCAGCUGGUGAUGACCCAUCUGGACUACCCCGUCCUCGACACCCGCUUCGACGACAUCUCCCAGAUCCUCUCCAUCCAGUGCUUUGGCGCCGGGAACCACACGUGGAUCGUGGAGGCCGAGGGGCACUGGGAGGUCGCCGUGACCCACAAGGGCAUCCCACGCAAGGGCAGCAGCGCCUUCGGAGAUGACUCGCGGUCCUGGAGCCUCGUGCGUGAGGGCGACGGGGAACCGCUGUACGCCGUGCACAGGCGGGUCCGGACCAGGCUGACCGCGGCCUCGAAGUCCAAGCGCAUGGCCGUCGCCGUGGACUUUGGGAAGGGAUCCAUCACCUUCUCCGGGGUUGGAGCCAAUGGGGGUUUCACCAGGCUGCACGAGUUCCACGCCCAGAUGACGGAGCCUGUGUGCCUGGGGCUGGGGCUGGGGCUUUACAGUUUAGACCCCCACAGCAGAGCUAGGAUCCUGGGAGCCACCUCGGACAACCAGCCACGACACCGGGUAGCCAACGGCUCUUAGUGCAGCCAUGAUGGGACUCAGGAGGGUGUCGCCCGCUAGUGGUUCUCGAUGAAUUCAUCAUGAAGGUUGCAGUUCUCCAGUCAGGGAGAGUUGAAUAUAUUGCCGCGUGAAUAUGAAGUAUAUCCGGAUUACCAACAGACUAUGACUGGACAUUAGCACAGCGAUCUUUACAGCACGGGUAUUGCUUGGAUUUUAUUUGCAGGAACUGCUCUAUUUGUGGAUAUUAACAAAACUGUUCAAAAGAGUGUUGGCACAGAUUAAGGUGGAGGAAUAUUUUUGUGUAUUUGAUUUGAUCUUUUACUUCAAAUUGAUAUUUGAAGCAAUGAUAUUUUUUCUCAGGGAUUUCUUUAGUAUUUGUAAAGAAUAUCUAAAAGAUGAAUCACUUUUGAUAAGACGCUAUGACAGCGUUAGGAUAACUUGUUUUCUGAACUUGACUUGAGAUACAAUAUGAACAUUGUUCCCAACGUAAUUAAGUGCACAAACAAAAUGCAUCCUUCUUCGUCUUGGCUAUCAAUUUUAAUUUGGGCUGUCUCGCCAUCAGCAAAAAAAUUUUUGCAUACAGGAAGUUCUUGAUGUACUUCCACUUCCUGUCCACCUGGGUUUUAGGACUAAUGUUCACUUUUAAACAGAGUAAAAAAAGAACUGGGGGAAUUUGUACAGCUGUUAAACAAAAUGUAUAUUUUAAAAGACAAUUAAUACUAUUAAAGAUAACUAAAUGUCUAAACUUAUGAUUACAAAACAUUCUUUAAUCUCAUGGUAUGCUUCCUAGUCAUAAAAAGACAAGCACACAAUAAUAACCCAUAAACCUGCUAAACAGACACACCCAAUAUCUACUUUGGAUGGCAGGACCUAAAAGAAUAUGUUGCGUUUCUGUACGCCUACCUGCUAAAUAAACCUAAGUCCAAUCACA